UUCCGCAAAGUCGAAAUCUACGAACGACGCCGACGAUAUCCAUCCAUCCCAUCGACCGCCGUCAAUCACCGCACAACAUGUCCGCCCCCGCAUCUCGCGCCCUAAGGCGCUGCGUCUGCGCCGUCCGCCCCGCGAUGGGAGUCCGCCCGGCCGUUGGAGGAGCACAGCUGAGGAUACAGCGGAGAUGGCAGUCUGAUGCCGCUGCGGCGCCUGCGAACCCCAAGAUUGCGACCAUCGUGGACCAGAUCAGCCAAUUGACUCUGCUCGAGACAGCAGACUUGGUCUCCACACUGAAGACCCGUCUCAACAUCCCCGACAUGCCCAUGGGUGGCUUCGCAGCUGCAGGUGGCGCAGGCCCUGCCGCCGCCGCACCUGUCGAAGAGGAAGAGGCCGCGCCCGCCGCCGCCGAGAAGACGCUCUUCAAUCUGAAGCUCGAGAAGUUCGACGCCGGGUCGAAGCCCAAGGUCAUCAAGGAGAUCAAGAGCAUGCUGGGCUUGUCGCUGGUAGACAGCAAGAAGUUCGUCGAGAGUGCGCCAAAGAUGAUGAAGGAGGGUGUGCCCAAGGAAGAGGCCGAGAAGAUUGUUGAGACGCUCAAGGCGCUCGGUGCGACGGCUGUCAUGGAGUAGAUAUCGAAUGAUAAGGAGUAUGGCAGGCAGCGCAGGGAAGGGAACACACUGUAUCAUAAAGAGCUGCGGCGUGUACAGAUAUGUAUGGCAUAUGACAUUGGUCACUUCUCGGGUGUAUUGAGUAGAUGUGCAGUACAAUAGACCGCGUGUAAACCAGUCGGGCGUUUGCG